AUGUCAAUAAUUGAGCAUGUGGUGGUUUUCAGGGUGAAACCCGACGCUGCACCAUCGGAGGUUGAUUCCAUGGUGGAGCGAGUCAACUCCUUGGUUUCACUGGAAGAACCCCUUCACCUUUCAAUGGGUUCAAUCGCUCGAGUUCAAUCCUCGCCCACCUCCUCCUUCAAUUUCACCCACAUCCUCCAUAUCCGAUUCAGCUCCAAGGAAGAUCUUAACGCCUACGCGGUGCACCCCACCCACGUGGCAGCCGUCAAGGCCAACUCGCCCAUUGUCGCCGACACCAUGGCGCUUGACUGGGUCGCCGCCGAGGAGGAGGCUCAGGGUGGUGCUCUGGUUCCGCCGCCGGGGUCUGCCGUGAGAGUCACGUUCUUCAAGCUGAAGGAGGGUCUGGGAGAUGAAGUUACAGAUGAGGUCAUGCGGGUUAUAAAGGGACUUCAAGGUGAGUUGAAGUUGAAACAGAGUACCAUUCAGUUCACUAGUGGGGAAAAUUUCUCUCCUGGUAGAGCCAAAGGGUUCUCUUUUGCUUCACUUGCUGUUUUUCCUGGUUUAGCUGAAUUGGAGGUAGUAGAUUCUGAUGGGGAAGUAGGGAAAUAUCAUGAGAAUGAUAAGAUUAAGGACCAUCUGGAUUGUGUGUUGGUCCUUGAUUUUGUGGUACCAUCACCCAAAGUGGAGUAG